GACUAUUGUGGUCAAAAUCUUGCCUAUACUAUAAGAAAUAUUAUUUUUGGUAUUAGUACAAUAAUAUCAAUAAUUGUUGGAUAUUACAAUCAAAGUUUAGCAUUGAGUACAUAUAUAAUAUUAGGAGGGACCGCCUUAGCAAGCAUUUUAAUAUUACCAACGUGGCCAAUGUAUAAUCGAAACAAUAUUGAAUGGGAAAAAAGUUACAGUUCAUCAAAUGAUAAAAAGAGAAAAUAA